AUGGCUACAGCCAAGGACAGAGCGGUUCUGCAAACAAUCUUUAACCCCAAUACUCCUUUUGGGGAUAUCCCUGGGUUAGAUGAGGAAGAGGAGGCAGCAGCAAUCCCAGGGGAAGCUUUCGCCUCAGAGCUGCUGGAGCAAGUCAAAGACCUGGAGCUGCAGGGGGUUUUGGCAGCUGAAUCGGGAGAUGUGAACACGGCCCUUGAGAGAUUCAGCCAGGCCAUUCGGCUCCUUCCGGAGCGAGCCUCGUGCUACAACAACCGUGCCCAGGCCCUUCGUCUCAAAGGGGAUGUGGCAGGUGCCCUGCAGGACCUGGACACAGCCCUGCACCUCAGCAGGGGCACAGGCCGUGCGGCAUGCCAGUGCUUUGUGCAGCGAGGUCUCAUCAAGGUGCUGCAGGGGCACGAGGAUGAUGCCAGGCAGGAUUUUGAGCAGGGAGCUAGACUGGGUAGUGCCUUCGCUCGGCACCAGCUGGUCCUGAUGAACCCCUAUUCAGCGCUCUGCAACCAGAUGCUGUUGGAGAUGAUGAGGAAGCUGCAGAACCCAGACAUCCAGGGAAGCAACUAG